GCGGGUCGAAGUUCAAAGCGUCAGCUCGUUCUGUUUCCUGGAGGAAUCGAACGCCAUGUGAAAAUCAAAACCUGCUCUCUUGCCCUGGAGGUGAUUGAGGAGCUGUGCUAUGAGAUGGGUUUACACAGGCUGGAGGCCAUGGAGGAAUACGCCAUAUUUUUAGUCACCAACAGAGGUCAGAAUGUGCGUCCUCUGAACAAACACGAGUACAUCCUGGACGUUGCGACGGAGGCCGAGGUGGUCGACACCGACUACAGCUUUUGGUUCAGACGAGUCGUCUGGACUCAACCGCUCAAGUUUGAGAAUGAGCUGUGUGUGGCGAUGCAUUAUAACCAGAUCCUGCCGGAUUACCGUAAAGGCCUUCUGAAUGUUCUCCCACAUGGGAAAGUGAGCGAUCAACAGUUCCACCAGAUCUCCAAACUGGCAGCUUUGCAGCAAAGAGCCAAAGACAUCAUCUUCAUCCCCAGCAU